AUGCUUGGGUUCAUGGACUACGUCCAGAAUGCCUUCUACGAAGCAUCCCGCUGGGACAGGGACAAUUCAUAUGGCACGUUGACCGCAACAUCUAGAAAUAUCCUCGACUUCUCGACGCCCGAAGGCCUCCGCUUUCACGUCUCCUCACUCUCCUCUCCCAAUUUUGCUACAUCAUAUACUCUGGGCAGCAUCGGCCUUGUAGAUGGUUCGCUCUCAUACCUCUACUCAUCUUUGCCUCUACCGAGACUCGCCGCCAAGAGCAGUGCCAUUGAUCUCCAUCAUCUCGUUCCCGGCUAUCGCCAAUUGCAGGAUCUGCGCCAGCCUGAUGAGCCUUGGUGGUGGGAGAUAUGGCACCAAGGGAAACGAAUAGAUCGACGAGAGGCUUUACUCUACGGCCGUUUAUUCUUGCCUCGUUCUACCCUCGAAGCCCUCUACCUUCGGCGCUUGAGCCCCAAGACACAGCUCAAAGUAUCCUGCGUCAGCGACUCUCGUCUGCCCAAUGGCGGCACGAUUCUUGCUCACCUCCAGCAUGACGCAGCAAAGCAUAAUACAGAAUACAUCUACAGCACCGAUAGCGCGCUGUUCGGUGUUCGUGGGCUUUACAAUUUCGGACCUGAUCCUGCUCCUACGCGCCCUCUGUUUGAAGCUUCGCCUGACUCCACUAUUUCUACGGCAAAUGAGGCAGCGGCACUUACCACAGCCCAAACUCCCAGCCAACCGCAUGGCCGUUUCUCAGCAGGCGGUGAGAUCUACUACGGCUUGCUCAACAAGUCAGGUGGUAUAUCAACUGGCUUGCGUUUUGCUACCCUACCAUCUCACACUGGCUUCCCGUAUACGAUGACCCUGACGCUGAAUCCACUCAUGGGUAACCUGAGUAGCACUUACUCUGUGCUUGCCUCUCCAUUACUUGCGCUGAGUUCUCGAUUUGACUUCAACGUAUACUCGUAUGAAAGUGAACUGCAGGUUGGCACAGAACUAUGGCGGCGGAAAGAGAAGCCAUUAAUAGAAGAUCUCAACUGGGCGCGGCUGAAAAUGGGCCAGAAGAUUCUUGAUGAUCCAUCCAAGGAUUUAGACAAUCCGAAUGGCAUGGCAGGAUGUUUCAAGGCGCGUGUUGAUCAACGGGGCGGCUUAGGACUGCUCUGGGAGGGAAGAGUGAAAGAGCUACUCUACAGUUGCGGUGCCACGAUCGAUCUUAGGGGUGGAGAGAACAUGUUCAGAGGCUUUGGCGUUGAGGUCCAGUAUUCGUCAUGA